GAUACCCAUCACAAGAAAUGUUUGGGAUAAGGAACUGGAACUUGUAAUGAAGUCAGCCUGGAUUUAAAGGCAAGAAGAAGAAAAUAUUUUUGAAUUUAGAGUGCAAUCUGGAAGAAGUUUGUGAUGACAUCCAAGUUUCCAUCUGUCAUUCCAAGAUUUCGGGAAUCAUAUACAUUUGCAAAUAAAGAUUUAUCGAAAUGGUUCCCAGGACACAUGCAUAAAGGAAUGAAACAAAUGCAGCGGAAGUUGAAAAUGGUAGACUGCAUCCUGGAAGUCCAUGAUGCAAGAAUUCCAUUUAGUGGAAGGAAUCCUAACUUCUACCAUCUCCUAACAGCUGUUAAACCUCAUAUUCUGGUGUUAAACAAGGUGGACUUAGCAGAUGUAACCUCUCAGAAGCAGAUAGAACAAUCUUUAAAAGAACAAGGCAUAAACAAAAUAAUCUUUACCAACUGCAAAGAUCAGAAAGACAGAGGACUAAAAAAGGUUCUACCAACUGUUACAGAUCUAGUGACAAACACUGAACGAUAUAAUCGAGUUGAGUCCAAGGAGUUUCAUUUGAUGGCCAUUGGUGUUCCUAAUGUUGGCAAAUCUUCCUUGAUCAACAUGUUAAGGCAUCGUCAUCUCAAAAAAGGAAAGGCUUCUAGAGUUGGAGCUUUGGCUGGAAUAACCAGAAGUGUAUUGGAAAGAAUCAAAAUAUCUGAAGAUCCCCCAAUCUACCUUUUAGAUACCCCUGGGAUAUUAGCUCCAAGUGUAAAGAAUGUAGAGGUGGGCCUUCGAUUAGCCUUAUGUGCCACGAUUAAAGACCAUCUUGUUGGAGAAGAUGUAAUUGCCGAUUAUUUGUUAUAUUGGCUAAACAAACAUCAGAACUUCUCGUAUGUGCAGUAUCUUGGAAUUGAUGAACCCAGUGAUGAUAUUCGAUUGGUUCUUCUAAAAACAGCUGUUAACCUUGGGAAGACAGUUAAGGUUCUUUCAUCGGAAGGCUCUUGGGUGCAGAUGCCAAACCUACAAGCAGCUUCUAGCCAUUUCAUCAAAGGGUUUAGGGAAGGAAAGUUUGGUAAAGUUCUUCUUGAUGACGAGUUUCUCUGACAAACAUGUGUUGCUGUAUAUUAAUACCAGAAUAGUUUGUAAAUAUUCUAAUAAAUAUGAUAGUAACAAUUAUAACGUAGCAAUGACUUGAGAAUAUAAACAUAUUUUAAUUGUUUA